CCCGGGGAGCCCCCGGGGCCGGGCAGCGGUCUGCCGGGCGCUGCGCUUCGGCGGUGGCUUUCCCCAACGAAUAAAUAACUCCCGUCUUCAAAGCGAGCUGCCCUCGGCUCGUAAACAAGAGCUGGAAAAAGUAGCCUGGCAUGUCGGGGCAGAUCCAGAUCAAAGGGACGGGAAGGCGGCUCUGUUUGUUUGUGGUGUUUACCGGGGGUCUUUGAAGAAAGGUCCUAAAAUCCACUUUCGGGCAGAGCUGCUGUUUGUCAGCUGCUUUCUCUUGCGGGGUGCUAAACGGGUCUGGUAUGAGCGCUCUCUUGACAGAGCAGGGGGGAAUGUAGCAUUUGCCCACUGGAGAGUGCGUGAUAAAUGUUUUGCCGAUGACUGUACCAGUAAUGUAUCGGGCUCCAGCCACCCACGGAUUCCCUCGCACCACUACGCUAAGGGAAUGAUUUCCCAGUAAUUACAGAGCUCUCCUAAGACCGAGGCAUGGACAGGGACAUGUUUAUCACGCUAUUAGCCAAUUAUACACUCCACAGAUUGGGGUGUUUUUUUAAAGUGUAGUCCCGGAGACACUUUACACAAAGGGUAGUCUGAUGCAGUCAUCCCGUCUUCUUUUUAUUCAAUAUUAUUUAUAACUUUACUCUUUGGUGUCUUAUUUCUAAUCAAAUACUUUUAAGGAUGAAAAAUCCUGGAAGCAGAGAAAAAUGUAUAUAUAUAAACAUUUUUUGAAGUAUUGGCAUUCAAAUAGCCAGCUGAGGAUGUGGCUUUUAGAGUUAGCAUUUCAAAGAGAAGCUAGAGAAGCGGGUGAAACAGAUAGGCAGUCACCCUGCUCGAGCAGUGAAUUCCAGAGCAGGAGAUCUGCAGAUUAGGCACAGCUCCUGUCAUUUCUGCUGCCUCGCACUGUGUUGUAGGCAUAAAAGAUGAAAAGUUUUUCAUAUGCCGAAACAUCGGUUUGAUCUUGAUGCUCACUCUGCGUGAACGACUUGUGCCAUGACUUUAUCUCCUUGUCCUUGAUGAUGUUGAUUAGCACGUCGAUUAUAAAAGACAGGUUUUCAUUAGCGUGGAUGUUUAUAACUUCCUCUUUAGGUAGCUUGUGGCUGGCUGAACAGUAUUGCCUUUUAUUUGCUAAGCCUCAUGCGACUUGCAUGCCAUCAUCUUUCUUACUUGGUAACAAAUCAUGUGGGUUAUGGUCUGUUUUGUUUUUGUAGACAAGAUGUGAAAUGGAGAAAUACCUGGCACCUCAGCUCCCACCCGUUCCCGUCAUCCCCGAACAUAAGAAAUACAGAAGAGACAGUGCCUCGGUUGUUGACCAGUUCUUCACUGACAGCGAAGGGUUGCCUUACAGCAUCAACAUGAACGUCUUCCUCCCCGACAUCAGCCACCUGAGAACUGGCCUGUACAAAUCUCAGCGAUCCUGUGUAACCCACAUCAAGACAGAGCCAGUCACCAUCUUCAGUCACCAGAGCGAAACUACUGCCCCUGCCCCUGCCCCCACUCAGGCCCUCCCUGAAUUUACCAGCAUCUUCAGCUCCCACCAGACUCCCGACGUGAACAACAUUUUCAUCAAGCAGGAGCUUCCUAAUCCAGAUGUUCAUCUUUCCGUCACGUCCCAGCAAGGCCAGUUGUAUCAGCUCUUGAGCUCACCGGAUUUAGAUAUGCCCAACUCUACUACUCAGGCAGCCGUGAUGGACUCCCUUAACAAUGUCUCCAUGCCGUCAGCCAUGGCGGGCCUUAACACGCUCUCCUCGGCUGUUCCACAGACUGCGAUGAAACAGUUCCAGGGCAUCCCCCCCUGCACCUACACCAUGCCAAACCAGUUUCUGCAGCAGCAGGCUACUUAUUUCCCUCCUUCUCCCCCAAGCUCAGAGCCUGGAAGUCCAGACAGACAAGCAGAGAUGCUACAGAAUUUAACCCCUCCUCCAUCAUACGCCGCAACUAUAGCUUCCAAGCUGGCAAUUCACAAUCCGAAUUUACCAGCGACUCUGCCGAUAACCCCCCAGAGCAUCCAACCAGUCAGAUACAACAGGAGAAGUAACCCGGAUUUGGAGAAAAGACGUAUCCACUACUGUGACUAUCCCGGCUGCACGAAAGUUUAUACAAAGUCUUCUCACUUAAAAGCGCACCUGAGAACUCACACGGGUGAGAAGCCAUACAAGUGCACAUGGGAAGGCUGCGACUGGAGAUUCGCUCGCUCGGAUGAAUUAACGCGCCACUACAGGAAGCACACAGGGGCAAAGCCCUUCCAGUGCGCUGUCUGCAAUCGCAGCUUCUCUCGCUCGGAUCACCUGGCUCUCCACAUGAAGAGGCAUCAGAACUAAAGGCUGGACUUGUCGUUGAGGCUGUUUUGUAUCUAUGCAAUUUCCUAUUGACUCUCGACAUACAACUGAAAUGAGUUUAAUUUUGGAGUAUGGGUUAUCCGUUUAAAAGAAAUCUCAAAAGAAACUGGAAAUGUAUAUUUUGUAUAUUUAUGCAGAAAAAGGGAAGACACUGUAUCACAAUACCAGAGUGUUUGGUUGUUUGUUUGCUCUCAUGAUGUAUAUGGCUUUAGUCAGCAGGUUUCAUCUCUUUACAAGUAUUAUGUCUUGACACAUUGCAGCUUUAUACAUUUUUUUUUUCUCUUGUGGUGUUUUGACCAAAGCACUGUCAUUGUGACAAUGUUUAGUAAAUGAAUUAAUGAGAGGCUGCAGAUGAAUGAACUCAGUGGAAAAGCCAUGAAUUGUAAUCUGUCAGGUUUUUACUGGACAUAUUUAGUACUUGUGGGGGUUUUUUAAAUGUUAAGUCGUUCUGUGGAGAUAAAGUACAUAGAAAACUUCAUAAACAGCCAUAGAACAAAAUAUUUUGUUCUGUAUGUUGCAUGUUUGCUAUGACAAAGAUUUUGUAAAUAUGCAAAUCAGCUUUUUAGGUUUAAUACAAAAGUUUUCUAAAAAUCAUCUGAAAAAAGCAGUUGUUUUACAUUUGAUAACACGGCACAUUUACAAAAGAAAGUUAUUUAAAUACCUCUCAAAACAGUACCAACUUAGCUUCAUUUUUCUUAAGAGAAAUGAGCUAAGCAUUCAUAUGUUUUGUACCUGUUAACUCAAAUGGUGUGCACUGAAUAUUCAAAGCAGGAUUUUGUUUUCUAAUUGCUUAAAAGGGCAAAACAUGUAGAAUGAACUGUAAAGUCAAUAUUGGAAGCUUAAAUAACAGGGAUGGUUACAGUGAACACAGAAUGUUAAACCUCUUACUAUAAGCUAAACUUAGUAUCACUUUAAAAGAAGGAUUUAGAAUGCAAUUUUCAUAUACAGACAUGUUAAACUGGUUCAUCACCAGUAUGAUCUAGUUUCAUGUGGAUAUUGCAUGUAAUUUACUAGAAGGUAAAGGAUACAGUAAUUUUGUUUAAAAUUACAGUGCAGUUUAGUUAAUCCACGGUUCAGAUUGACACACAUAGGGGAAAAUUUACUGCUGACAAAAGUAGCUGAAACUCCACUGAAGUCAAUGAAGUGGUGCCCUUUUAUGCUAACAGUGACUUUGAUCCACCAUGUUCAGCCUUGAAAUAGUAGAGGAAGGGCCAAAGAUGAGGUUAGACCAUGUAGGAUUUGGCCAGAUGACAGGAGGAAACCAAACAAACCUAAUAAGUGUCUGGACUUCACAAGCCGUAAUAUUAAGCUGUCAACCAAAGGCUAGAAUAGACAAUCAAAAUACCAAAAAAGGGUCUUGCAGGAAAACCUAGCUUUGUUAAAACUGUUGUUUGUCUUUAUUUAUUUGUGGUAUAUGAUAGACUCUUUUUUUUAAGACACUUUUACAUAUACUUGAUAAAUUAUAGUUUUGUUUGUUAUAGUUAGAAAUGUUGCUCUUAAUGUAAAUAGUUGACAAACGAUGUAAAUAAUUUUGUAAGGCUUCAAAUGUUUAUACGUGGAAACACAUGCAUAAAUUGGUUGCUGUUUUGCUUCUUUUGCCUCCCCCCUACCUUAUUUUUGUAUUGUGGUAUUUCCUAUGCAAAUGAUGGGGCAAACAGCUGUAUAGUUGUAGAAUGUUUUGAGAGAGAAUGAAAUGGUUUAUAUAUAAAGACCUUUUUUUUUUUUUUUUUUGCAAAAUAAAACAAAGU